CUCCCAGCAUCUCAAAUUCCAGUUCUCUCUCUCUCUCUCUCUCUCUCUCUCUCUCUCUCUCUCAUGAGUCGCAGUAGCGGCGUCCGGGAAGCGGAGCGCCGGAUACUCCGCCUCCUCCAUGGCCACAGCACCCCGGUCCACCUCACCCAAAUCCAUGGCCACUUCCUACGCCAGAAUCUCCACAAAUCCAACCUCCUCCUCGCCCACUUUAUCUCUGUCUGCGCCUCCCUCUGCAAAAUGCCAUAUGCCCACCUCCUCUUCCUCCAAACCCAAAACCCGAAUAUCCUCCUCUUUAAUUCCAUGAUCAAGGGAUACUCUGUCUGUGGGCCUCCCAAAGAAUCUGUCCGUCUAUAUUCUCUCAUGAAGAACCGUGGUAUCUGGCCUGACCAAUUUACCUUCGCUCCCUUGCUUAAAUCCUGUUCAGAUAUUUCUGACCUUGGUCUCGGCCGUGGAGUCCAUGCUGAGACCCUCACUUCUGGGUUUGAAACGCAUAGCUCUGUUCGAAUCGGACUCGUUGAACUGUACACAAGUUGUGGGAAGAUGGAUGAUGCACAGUGCCUGUUUGAAGAAACGCCGAGAAGAGAGGUGGUGGUUUGGAAUCUCAUGAUUCGUGGGUUUUGCAAGACAGGGGACGUUGAAAGUGGCAUUCGUCUCUUUCAGGAAAUGAGUGAACGGAGUAUUGUUUCUUGGAAUUCUAUGAUUGCAGGGUUUGCUCAAGCAGGCCGGGAUGGUGAUGCUCUGGAGCUUUUUCGGGAGAUGUUGGAUGCAGGUUUUAAGCCCGACGAUGCGACAUUGGUGACAAUGUUGCCAGUUUGCGCUCGAUUGGGAGCUUUGGAUGUUGGUAGAUGGAUCCAUUCUUAUGCCGACAGGGAAGGGUUUCUGAAGGAGAGAGUCUCUGUGGGGAAUUCACUGGUUGAUAUGUACUGUAAGUGUGGAGAUCUGACAAGUGCCCAAGAUUUUUUCAAUGAGAUGCCUCAAAGAAAUGUGGUUUCUUGGAAUGCCAUAAUUUCUGGGAUGGCUUUUAACGGGCACGGCAACCUUGGUAUCGAUAUGUUUGAGAAGAUGAAGAUAGAGGGUGUGGGGCCGAAUGAGUCAACUUUUAUAGGGGUUCUAGGGUGUUGUACGCAUGCAGGAUUGGUGCAAAGGGGUCGAGAUUUGUUUGAUUUGAUGAUCAUAGAGCACCAGAUUGAGCCGAAACUCGAGCAUUACGGAUGUAUGGUCGAUCUUCUUGCACGUUACGGGCAUAUCAAGGAGGCUUACGAGUUGGUUAGAAGCAUGCCCAUGAGGCCAAAUGCUGCUAUCUGGGGUGCUUUGCUAAGUGCUUGCAGAAUUCAUGGUGAUCUAGAAGUUGCAGAAUAUGCGGCUAAGGAGCUUGUGGAUCUCGAGCCUUGGAAUUCUGGUAAUUAUGUCUUGUUAUCCAACAUUUAUGCCGAAGCAGGUAGAUGGGAUGAUGUUGAGAAGGUCAGGGUGCAGAUGAGAGAAAAGAGUGUCUGGAAGGCACCGGGACAAAGCGUGAUCAAAUCAUAUGAUCGGGUGGCUUGUUAAUGGAGUAUUUGGAUGCAAGGUACUGCUAAACAGACUGAUGGAGAGUGGAUAUUGACAUCAAUAAUCUACAAUGUGAAAUGAAAAGAGAAAUGUACAUUGACAAAGGGAAUCAGAGAUGAAGAAAGAUCCACGAGGCCUCGGGCAUUGCAAAUGGAUGAUAAGCGGCAGAAACUGGACCUGGGUGGAGGGUGGACAAAUUGCAUUACUAACCGUACAUUGUAUUGAACAUGUCUGGCAUACAUGAUGAGUGGACUGCUUGAUUUUUCAGUAGGAAACAGUCACUGUGUGGCCCACUGAUGAAUAAUCUGGAUCUUGCAUGCAUGCCACCUUCGCAAACGAGAGGCGCUAUUGCCACAAUAAAGCAGAACAGAGAGACGAUGCCAUUUCAACAGACCCAUUCUAACAAUCAGAGGCUCCCCCAUGGACAACCUAGAUCAACAACCUAGUGUUUAUUGGAUGAAUUUACAAGCUUAUGCACCAGAAACUACUGUAAAACGUAGGUCUAUUAUAGAUUUCUGCCUCCUGGUAAGUUGGUAAUUUUCUCUUUCUUUUGCCUAUUUAGGCAGAAAAUUCAUCAUUUGAAAAACAAAAAUACUGAUGGAAUAUGUUGGAUGGUUUGCUA